UGUUUUUCAAUCAGGUUGAUGUUUGAUGACUGUUUUGGAUGUACAUCAGCAUCUUAUAAUUCUGGAUGAUGUGGAACAUUUUAAGAUAAAACAAGCCUUGUUUUUAACAGAAUUUUAACAUUAAAUAGGCAAAAAUGGUGGAUCUCAAGAAAGAUUUGGACGAAUAUCUGCUCCUUCAAAGUGACCAGAAGAAAAACUUCAAGUUGUCUAUGCCCGCGAUACCCUUACAAAAACCGAACGUUUCUAGUUGGUUUAGGAAAGAACAGACUGAGGAGAAUGAAACUUGGUUUCAAGAGACCAAAAAAGAAUGUUGUCCAAGCUUAUCAAGAUUCCAAAGAAUGACCCUUUUUGCAAUAUGUAUAGGCAUGGGAAUACUUUGUUUUUCAAUAUCCUUGAUGUACCUACCAGUACUACUUUUUAAAGCCAGAAAAUUUGCUCUACUAUUUACCUUAGGCAGUCUAUUCUUUAUUAUGAGUUUUUUCUUCCUUUGGGGCCCUCUCGCUUACAUGAAACACAUGGUCUCAAGAGAUCGAAUAUUUCUGACUCUCUCAUAUGGUGGUACAUUAUUUGCAACUUUGUACUGUGCUUUGCACUUACAAAGUACUCCCUUUACAGUACUCUUUGCUGUGGGACAAAUAGUGUCUUUGUUAUGGACAGUGGUAUCAAAUAUACCAGGAGGGACAACUGGUUUAUCAUUCUUUUCAAAAAUGUUUACCAGGUCAGUUAGUGGAGGAAGUACUUUACCUAUUUAGGUGAUAAAAGUCUAAGGAUUUUGGCAAAAGAAGAGAAUAAAAAGGUGACCAUACAAGCAAGGGAUAUCCAAGCCCGGAACGAACAAUUGAUAGAACAAAAGAUUGACAAUUUACCAGAAAUGUCCAGGUGUGUCGAAUGUCACAGCCAUCAAAUUGUGCGCCACAAAAAUCUGUUUCUGGUCCUGUCUUAUUUUGAAUUUAUAUUAAUGAUUAUUCUCGAGGAAAUGGUUAACCAGAAUUUCGCAGGUGUUAAAAGAUGGUACCACUUAAUUUAUUAUCCUUUUAUGUGUUAAAGAAAAAUAUUUUAAAUUUUGAGUUUAUUUUAGAUAAUGCUUGGGCGCACAGUCUCUUAUGACAUAUUAAAAAAAAAUUUUGGCAUUGUUUAUUGAUGAAACUUGAUUUUUGAUAAACAUAUUGAGCUGCUGUACUCUAGGUUGGGUUGGGUUGGUUAGAAACAGCUUAAAUAUAACAGUGACCAAUGAUGCUUAUAAAUGGCUUGAUACAUCAGCAGUUGUCUCGGGUACUGACCAUCAGUCGAUCCACUCUUAAAGCCACUAAGUGUAUAGCUGAUAUUGCAGGGUGGUGCCAGAAAACUGGUCCUUGUUUCAAUAGUUUGAAAAAAAAACCAAUUUCAUUGUUUUCACUCCGAUCCGAGCUAUUCAGGACCGGAGCUUACUCCUUAAAGAGGAGUUAUCAAGUAGCAUCAUCCAAAAACACUCCGCCAAGUUAUACAGCUCCAACAAUUAUGCCAUCUUGCAGCCUCGAGACUAUGUGGUUGCAUAUACACUUAAAAUCUUUUAUUAUGCCUCAGUGCAUUCCACUCUAUCCUAUGCCUUAUUAGCUUGGGGUAAUUCCUCCAGUAUUGGGAGAGUGCUAAUAAAUCAAAAGCGCAUUGUACGUACGAUGUUUAGACUUUCCUUCUGAGAAACUUGCCGUGGUACUGUUAUGUUAAAAUCGUAACUAUAAUUAAAAUCUAUAUCUUGAAGUGCGCAUGUCAAUUACAUAAAGAUCUUUCCAACCACAUGAGAUCUGAAGAUCUUAAUUUUUAUAAAACUGGAAAUGCAGAUAAAUUAUAUAUUCCUUUUACCAGGUUAUCGCAGGUACAGGAUGGUCCGGAAAUUACAUCUCUCAAAAUUUUUAAUCAUCUCCUAUGUAGAAUAAAGAGAGCUAAGGCUUUUCCAACUUAUAAGAAAGCUCUUAGGACCAUGUUAGCUGAAUGUCCUUUUUACUCAUUGACAGAGUUCUUUAACUGUAUAUUUAUUGACUUAAUUUAGUUAAAUUUGUUUCCUUUCAUAUCUUGUAAUUUUAUACUGUUUUUAUUAGCAUUGUAGUUUUUUAUUGACAAUUCCGAUACAUUGUUCGGAUAUCGAUGGAAAUAAACGAUUUGAUUUGAUUAUUAUGCUUUGGUUAACUCACACCUAAGAUAUAGUGUUUGUUUUUUGGGAAAACUCUUUGGCCUUAGGAGCCCUCUUUGGGUAAACUUAUUCAAUUCAUUUACUAUAAAAUUACCAAUACCUACAACAUCUUUAACCCAAUACUCUAUCAUGUACCACAGUAAGAAGAUACUGAAACAUCUGUUUCUUAGAAGAACUAUAUAAUAUUAUAAACUAUUUAGGGUAGGAGUUAAGACAUUGAUGUUAGAAAAAGCUUUCUACAUCACUGAUGAAUUUUUUUAUAGACAAAUUUUAGCCUUUCAUGUUAUUUGAUUGUGUUGUGCCUCCAAACAAAUUGGAAACAAAAUUUGGAGCAUUUUUUUGAGUGUAUUUUUGUUGUUUUUUACUGAUUGAUCCAAUGUUUUUAUGACACUUUGUUUUAAACAUUUUGUACAAUAAAGCUUAUUUUACUUUGA